CGUCCCUUCUCUCUCCUUCCCCCCCUCCCUCCUCCUCCCUCCCUCACCCCCCCCCCCUCCCCGCGCUCUGUCGCGACAGCCGGUCGCGAUGUCGGAGCCGCUGGGCUGGUGCGUGGAGGCGGUUCGCGCCGCGGCCGAGCCGGGGCUGUCGCGGGCGCUGUGGGCGCUGCGGGCGCGGCACACGCGGGGCCCCGGCGGCGCCGCUCGCUUCCGGGAGCGCGGCGGGCUCGGGCCGCUGCUGGAGCUGCUGGGCCCGGAGCGGCCGCGGCGCCGCCUGGAGCUGGCGCUGAGCGUGCUCGCGAACCUCUGCACCGAGAGCGGCUGCCGCCGGCAGGCCAGGGCGCUCGGCGCCGUGCCCGGCCUCGUGGCGCUGCUGUCGUCCCCCGGCCCCGAGAGCGUGCACAACCGGGUGGCGCGGGCGCUCGCCAACCUGGCGCUGGAGCCCGACGGGGCCCGCGACGUCCUCGAGGCGGGAGCGGCGCCGCUGCUGGUGCGCCUGGCGGGGGGCUGCCGCGGCGCCUCGUGCCUGCACAGCGCGGCGCGGGCGCUGCGCAUCCUGGCCUCGCACCCGGCGCCGCGGCGCGCCCUGGCCCGCGCCGGCGCCGUGCGGGCCCUGGCGCUGCGCCUGGCGGGGCUGGCCCCCGCGCACCCCGCGGCGCCCGCCCUGGCGCGCGCCCUGCGGGGGCUCACGGCCGAGCCCGGCCCGGCGCUGCGCGACCUGCGCCCGGCGCUGCCGGCCCUGGCCGCCCUGGCCCGCCACCGGCGCCGCGACCACCGGCACCCGGCGCUGGGCGCCAUCGGCAACGCCUGCGCCCAGGCCACCCUGCGGCCCGCGCUGGGCGCCGCCGGCGCCGUGGAGCCCGUGCUGGACGAGGUGAGGCGGGCGCUGGGCGCCGCCGGCAGCCUCCGCGGCUGCGGCGCCGUCCGCGCGCUCUGCCUGCUGGCGCGGGAGGCCGUGAACCGGCUGCGCAUCCGCUCGGCCGGCGGCCUGGAGCUGCUGCUGCGGCUGCUGGCGGAGCCCCGCGCCAAGGCCUGCCGGCCCCGGCUGCUGCUCGCCCUGGCCGCCUUCGCCUACGACCACGAGGCGCUGCUGGCCAUGGAGGCGCACGGCGCCGUGCCGCUGCUCGCCGACGUGCUGCGCGCCCGCGCCGAGCAGCGCGAGGCCGCGCCGGCGAAGAAGGGGAGAGGCCGGGAGCGCCGCGGCGAGGAGGAGGAGGAGGAGGAGGAGGAGGAGGAGGAGGAGGAGGAUGAAGCCGCCGCGUCCUGCGACCAGCCCCGGGACGUGGUGGAGCAGCACAAGGCGGCCACGGGGAGCUUCAGGGGGCUCAGGUCGUGGCUGCUCUCGGAGUCGCUGUCCCCGCCGCCCUCUCCGCCGCGCUCGCCCCCCCCCGCGGCCGCCGCCGCCGCCCCCCCGCUGGCGCCGCUGGCGCUGCCGCAGGGGCGGUGCUACGGGGACCCCCGGCACCCCGACGCCCCCGUCCUGCUGCUGCUGGCGCGCUUCACCUUCCUGGCGGAGCCCAGCAGGGCGCUGGUCGCCCCCCCGGUGCUGCGGGGCCUCCUGCGGUACCUGGCGGGGGUCCCGGCGCCCCCCCCCGUGCUGCAGAGGCUGCUGCAGCACCUCUUGGGGUACCCCCCGUUCCUGGGGGUGCUCGUCAGGGGCUUCGUGCCCUCUCUGCUCCGCUCCUGGCUGGUGCUUGGGGUGGCCCCCCCCUGCGGCCGCGACCCCCCGGGGGGGGCGGGGGGGGCCCCGGAGGCGUGGGGAGCGGAGAGGAGGGAGAGGCUCAGGGAGACCGGCGAGGCGCUGCUCCGCACCGUGGCCGCCGUGGCCGCGGCUCCCUUCGGCGUCGGGCUCCUCACGCACAUGCUGCGCUGCGGGAGCGCCCCCACGCGGCUGGCGUGUGCCACUGCGCUGCCGCUGCUCGCCAGGCCCUCGUCGCCGGCGCACGAGCUGCUGUGGGGCGGGGGGGCCGUGGCGCUGCUGCUCUCGGCCGUGGCCCAGGGCCCCGCGUCCCCCUUCGAGCCCCCCCCGGCCUUCCUGCUCUACGCCGCCGACGCCAUCGCCCUGCUGCGCGCACACGCCAAGGACACGUCUGCGCACGCCAAGGACACGUCUGCGCACGCCGAGGACACGUCUGCGCACGCCAAGGACAUGCCUGGACACGCGGAGGACACGCCAAGGCGGGUGCUGGCCGCGGCAGCGCAGCCGGAGGAUGCUCUGGAGGUUGAGGUGCCCAAUGGGGCCGGCGAGGAGCUGUGGGGCCCGGCGGAGCCAGAGGCCGCCCCCCAAGCGGACGUCCUGGCCCAGCUGCCCCCAUUGCUGUCCCCUCUGCCCCACGGCGCCCCCCCGGCCUCCUCCCCUCCCUGUGGGGGCACGGGGGGCUCCAGCCCGUGGCCAAGCUCUUCUGACCCACGUCCAGCCUCUCCCAACCCACCUCCAGCCUCUUCCACCCCAGUCCCAAGCUCCAAACCCUCUCCCAACCCAUCUCCCACCCCAUUCCUGAGCUCCAACCCACCUCCAGCCUCUUCCAACCCAUAUCCAAUGUCCUCCAACCCACCUCCAACAGGUUCCAACCCAUCUCCAACCCCUUCCAACCCAUAUCCAAUGUCCUCCAACCCAUCUCCAACCUGUUCCAACCCAUCUCCCACCCCAUUCCUAAGCUCCAACCCAUCUCCAACCUUCUCUAACCCAUCUCCAACAGGUUCCAACCCAUCUCCAACCCCUUCCAACCCAUGUCCAAUGUCCUCCAACCCAUCUCCAACCUCUCCCAACCCAUCUCCAACCUGUUCUAAUCCAUAUCCAAUGUCCUCCAACCCACCUCCAACAGGUUCCAACCCACCUCCAGCCUCUCCCAACCCAUCUCCAACCUGUUCUAACCCAUAUCCAGUGUCUUCCAACCCAUCUCCAGCCCCUUCCAACCCAUGCGUGGUGACUUCCAACCCAUUUCCAGCCUCUCCCAAUCCAUCUCCAACCUUCUCGAACCCAUGUCCCACCCUAUUCCUGAGCUCCAAGCCACCUCCAACCUCUCCCAACCCACCGCCAACCUUCUCCACCCCAUCUCCAACCUGUUCUAACCCAUAUCCAGUGUCCUCCAAGCCACCUCCAGCCUCUCCCACCCCAUGUCUGAUGUCCCCCAACCCAUCUCCAACCUGUUCUAACCCAUCUCCAGCCUCUCCCACCCCAUGUCUGAUGUCCCCCAACCCAUCUCCAACCUGUUCUAACCCAUCUCCAGCCUCUCCCACCCCAUCUCCGCCAGGUUCCACCCCAUCUCCGACCUUCUCCCCCCCCGCUCCAGCCCCCCCCGCCCCCUGCCCUUACUCCCAAGCCCCCCACGACCUCCUCCUGCUGCCGGGCGGCCUCCCCCCCGCCAUCCCGGCGUGGCGCUCGGCGCUGGCCGCCUCCUCCCCGGUGCUGCGGGCGAUGCUGCUGGGUCCCUUCCUGGAGGCCCGGCAGCGGGAGGUCUCCUUGGCCGGCGCCCCCCGCCUGCCGCUGCUGCUGCUGCUGCACUUCCUGCACGGCUGCCGCCGCUGCCCGCUGCUGGCAGCGCCGGUGCCGCCCGCUGCCGCCGGCGCCGCCGCCGCGCUGGCGCGCCGCUUCCUGCUGCCGCAGCGCGGCCUGUUCGAGCGCACGGUGGCGGCGGCGGCGCGGGGGGCGCCGGCCGCGCUGUGGGCCGCGGCGGAGCGCUGGGGCUCGGCCCCGCUGGCGCUGCGGGCCUGCGCGCUGCUGCUGCGGGGGCCGCCGCGGCGCGUGGCGCGGCGCCUGGCUGCCGUGCGCCGCUGCGCCCGCUGCCCCCGGCGCCUGGCCGCCGCGCUCAUGGGCGCCAUAAGGGGCGCGGGGGAGGGGGACAUGGGGGGCUGGGGGGACGGGGACCCCCUGCUCAUGGAGCCCGCGGCGGGGUGGGGGGCUGAGCUGGAGGGGGAGGGGGGGGGGCUAUGGGGAGAGCCGGGACCCCCAGGAGGACCCUGAGGGCUUGGGAGAGGAGUUGGGGGUCGCGUGUAAGGACCUUGGGGAGCUCCGGGACCCCCAUGAGGACCUCAGUGAGCCCCAUAUGGAUCUCAAUGACCCCCAUAUGGACCUCAAUGACCCCCAUAUGGACCUCGAAGAUCUCCAUGAGGACUUCAAUGACCCCCUUGAGGACUUCAAUGACCCCUAUAUGGACCUCAAUGACCCCCAUGAGCACCUCAAAGAUCUCCAUGGGGACCUCAAUGACCCCCAUAUGGACCUCAAGGAUCUCCAUGAGGACCUCAAUGACCCCCGUAUGGACCUCAAAGAUCUCCAUAAGGACGUCAAGGACCCCCAUGAGCACCUCAGUGACCCCCAUAUGGACCUCGAAGAUCUCCAUAAGGACCUCAAUGACCCCCAUAUGGACCUCAAAGAUCUCCAUAGAGACCUAAGGAACCCCCAUAAGGACCUCAAGGACCCCCAUAGGGACCUAAGGGACAUGGAAGAUGACUUCGGAGACCCCUAUAAGGACCUCAAGGAUCCCCAUAUGCAUCUCAAGCACCUCCAUAAGGACCUUAGGAACCCCCAUAAGGACCUCAAGGCCCCCCCUAGGGACCUAAGGGACAUGGAAGAUGACUUUGGAGACCCCCAUAUGGCCCUCAAAGACCUCCAUAGGGACCUGAGGAACCCCCAUAUGGGCCUCGAGGACCCCCAUGGAGACCUAAGGGACAUGGAAGAUGACCUUGGAGACCCCCGUGAGGCCCUCAAGCGCAUGGAAGAUGACUUGGGGGUCACGUCUAAGGACCUUGGAGAGCUCCAGGACCCCCAUGAGGACCUCAAGGACCCCCAUAGGGACCUAAGGGACAUGGAAGAUGACUUGGGGGUCCCUUAUGGAGACAUCGAGGCCCAUGGGGACCCCCAGGAGGACCUGAGGACCAUGGCCCGUGACGUGGGGGUCUCCUGUGGGCCCCCCCAAGGAGCCUUCCCCUCCGAGGACCCCUCCAUGGAGCUUGGGGAGCCCAUAGGGGAAGCCAUGGACACGAAGGGACCCCUCUGAAGGCCUUGCCUGGAGCCCCGGAGGUGAUGGGACCUAUAGAGGGACCCUAUAUGGACCUUCAGUGGGGCCUAUGGGGCGCCCCUUUGAUGGGUGGUGGGGACAUGGAGGUCAAUGGGACCCCUGGGAGACCCCGUGGCUGGGGGUGGGGAAGAGGAAGGACCUUGGGGACCCCCAUAAGGACCUAUAGGACUCCCUAAGGACCUUGGCGACCCCUAUAGGGGCCCUAUAGGACCCCCAUAAAGACCUUGGCGACCCCUAUAGGGGCCUUGGGGACACCCAUAGUGCCAUUAGGUCCCCUUUGAGGCCCUAUAGGACCUCCAUUAAGAUGUUGAGGACCCCCAUAAGGCCCUUUGGGAUCCCUAUAAGGCCCUUUGGGACCCCUAUAGGACCCCCAUGGUGGGGGGGGGCCACGUUUUGGGUGCAUUUCAUGGGGUUUUGGGGCCGCGGUUGUAACGCUGGAGCCACAAUAAAGGAGGUGGGAGACGAUG